GCAUUACAUAAAUUCUCCCUCCGUCCCGAUUAGGGUUUUGAACUCUCGGAGCUAACUAACUCGAACAGCCGCGGCGGGAACAGCAGUCCAAUACCAGCAAGCUCACGAUGGCGAGGAUUAAGGUUCACGAGCUAAGGGACAAGUCGAAGACGGAUCUACUGAAUCAGCUUAAGGAACUCAAGGCCGAGCUCGCGCUCCUCCGUGUCGCCAAAGUCACCGGCGGCGCUCCCAACAAGCUCUCUAAAAUCAAGGUGGUGAGGAAAUCCAUUGCUCAGGUGUUGACGGUGAUUUCUCAGAAGCAAAAAUCUGCUCUGAGAGAAGCAUACAAGAACAAGAAGUUCCUGCCCCUUGAUCUCCGUCCCAAGAAAACCCGCGCUAUCAGGAGGCGCCUUACCAAACACCAGGCGUCGUUGAAGACGGAGCGGGAAAAGAAGAGAGAUAUGUACUUCCCCUUGAGGAAGUACGCUAUCAAAGUGUAAUCAACUUGGACUGCGUUUGUUUUCUAAUGGGAAGAUGUUGGGUGUUACUCUUUUAUGUUUUUUGUCACAGACUUGGACCUUUUCCGCUUCGGUUUGCAAAUUUUUUUUUCACAGUUUUACUCAGUCCAAGUUUCGAACGAUUGAAAUUGUUGUUGUGUUGCACUGA